UACCGUCCCAAAUUUGCUAAUAAAGUAAUAUUUAGCUUUACUACACAAAGAAAUCAUAUGAAAAGGACACGUACAAAACAUUCAGCUAAUUGUAACGUACGUGUACCGAAACAAUGAAUAAACUAUAUAGUAAUGAAGAUCAGCAACCACCCACCAUGGCUUUCAACAAAAAAAAACAACUACACAAACUUGAGAGUUGAGAGUCUGAGUCUGAUAAUGGCCGACGAUGCCGAAACUCCGAUGCUACUAGUCAGAGCUGUCGACGGUGCCGUUGACUACAAAGGCCACCCGGCUUCAAGAUCCAACACUGGCCGUUGGAGAUCAGCUUCUUUCAUUAUAGGUGUUGAGAUUGCAGAGAGGUUCGCUUACUAUGGGAUCAGCUCAAACCUUGUCACCUAUCUGACCGGACCGCUUGGGCAGUCAACGGCGGCUGCAGCGGCCAACAUCAAUGCAUGGUGUGGUACGGCGUUGUUGCUGCCACUUUUGGGAGCUUCAGUGGCAGAUUCUUUUCUAGGCCGGUACCGUACCAUUUCCAUGGCUUCUCUACUCUACAUUUUGGGACUUGGGUUGUUGACUUUCUCGGCUGUUCUGCCUUCUCUGAUGGAUGGUUUUGAUUCCCAAACCAACAUGGUUACUACGGCGUUGUUCUUCUUUUCUUUAUAUCUUAUUGCAGUUGCGGAAGGUGGACACAGGCCAUGCGCGCAGGCUUUUGGAGCUGAUCAAUUCGAUGGUCAAGAUCCGGAGGAAUGCAAAUCCAAAAGUUCAUUCUUUAAUUGGUGGUACUUUGGUGUAUCAGCAGGUGCCACAGUAACAGUAAUGAUCUUAAGCUACAUUCAAGAUAAUCUGAGUUGGGUUCUUGGAUUUGGGAUUCCUUGCAUAGCCAUGAUAAUUGCCUUGGUUGUUUUCUUGGCUGGAACUAAAACUUAUAGGUAUAGCAUUGGAAAGAAUGAGAAGGGUCCUUUUGUGAGGAUCAGUAGUGUGUUUGUUGCAGCAUUUAGGAACAGGCAAAAGACUUCUCCUUUGGAUUGUCAUGGCUUCUUGUCUGAACAAAACUAUGAACAGUUUAAGUUCCUUAAUAAGGCUAUGGUCGUUUGUAGCAUAGCUGAGAUUGAAGAAACGAAGGCUGUACUUAGGCUUGUUCCAAUAUGGUCGACAUGCUUGGUAUAUGGUAUUGUGUGUGCACAAAUCUCAACUUUGUAUAUAAAACAAGGAGCCACCAUGGACAGAACAGUUGUCUCAGGCUUCGAAAUCCCACCUGCUUCACUUCAAUGCUUCAUGGGCAUUACCAUUUUGGUCAUUCUUCCCAUGUAUGACCGCAUUUUUGUUCCCAUUGCAAAGUCUCUAACCACAAAUCCAUCUGGGAUCACAAUGCUACAAAGAAUAGGAACUGGGAUUCUCUUAUCUGCUAUAUCAACUAUAGUUGCAGCUUUAGUUGAGAUGAAAAGGCUCAAAAUUGCUAAAGAGUAUGACCUGGUCGACAAGCCAAGUGUGACAGUUCCAAUGAGCGUGUGGCGGUUGGUACCACAAUAUCUGAUAUUUGGAUUAGCUGAUGUUUUCACUUUGGUUGGUCUGCAAGAGUUCUUUUAUGAACAAGUCCCUCAAGAGUUGAGAAGCAUAGGACUUGCACUUUACCUUAGUGUAACUGGUAUUGGGAACUUCUUAAGUGGCAUUGUCAUCUCUGUUAUUGACAAUGCAACCGGUGGAGAUGGUCGAGAUAGCUGGUUUUCGAAUAACUUAAACCGGGCUCAUCUCGAUUACUUUUACUGGUUAAUUUCUGGACUAAGCCUGAUAGGAUUUGUUACCUUCUUGCAUUUUUCAAAAUCCUACAUUUAUAAUAGAAAUGUAUUCUAAGCUGAAGAGUUCUCUUGCUGGUAAAGUGUAGAUAGAUAAUGUAUUUCCCAUUUCAUAUUUGAAUAAAGUAUGUGU